AUGGGGCGCCGAUCAAUAAAUACCACUAAGAGUGGUAAAUACAUGAAUCCCACGGAUCAAGCAAGAAAAGAGGCAAGGAAAAAAGAAUUAAAAAAGAACAAACGGCAGAGACAGAUGGUGAGAGCCGCUGUACUUAAGAUGAAAGAUCCAACACAAAUCUUAGAGGAGUUGCAGAAAAUUGAUGAAAUGGAAUACAAUGUGUUGCAACCAUCGCCUCUGAACGAAAAAGUGUUAAAAGAGAAAAGAAAGAAAUUAAGAGAAACCUUUGAUAGAGUUCUCAAGAUGUAUGACAAAGAUGAUCCGGAAAAAUGGGUAGACCUCAAGCGUCAGGAAAUGGAGUAUGAGAAAAGGAAAGCACAUUUAAUAUCUUAUUAUGAAUCUGUGAAGCAUGCACAGUCAGUCCAAGUAGAUGAUAUACCAUUGCCAACUUUACAAGUUCCAGACAACUUAAUAUUUAGCAAUGUACCUUCACAAAUACCGUUACCAGUGGAUGCGGUGUUGCCAGUCGCUGUUAAACCUAUACUGAAAAAGGAUUCGGCGUACAAAGAGAAGCCAGUCGGUCUAGAACCGCCCGGCGUGCCACCAGGUCCGCCAUGUGACUUCGAGAUCCUGGUGCUGGAGAAAGAGAAGAUGUAUAAGAAAGACAAAGCUGCGGCCGCCCCUCCACCCGUCGUUACCAAUAACAAGGUGCUCAGGUUCUCCGAUAUGCCUGAUGAAGGACCUCCGGGUGAAUGUGCACCACUACCAAAGGUCCAAGUACUAAAACCACCUAUACCAGAGAAUAUUGACGGCGAGGUAGUGGAUGAGGAGCCAGUAACUCCUGCAGCCGCGGCCGCCGCAGCGACGCAGGCGCCCAAACCGACCUCCUUGCAACAACGCAUGCUGGCACUCUCCGGACAAAACAUUGACGACUUCAUGAAGGAGAUGGAAGAGGUGCACAGGAAGAGGGAACGGGAUAGAGCUGCUGAUCUUAAUGCUAGAUUAAGCGCCCUAAAGCGUACAGGCGGCGGUCGCGACAGUGACUCAGACUCGGACACGGAGGGUCCGCCCCCGCAGCACGUGCCGCACCCCGGCCCGCCUGACUUCACGCUGGAACCACCCGGCGCCGAGCUGAGACAGAUGCCGCCGCCAUUGUUACCGCCGGGUCUCCGUCCGCCGCCUCUCCGCGCUCCCCUAGCGCCCCCAAUGCGUCUAGUUCCCCCUGGACCACCGCCCGGCCCUCCUGGACCUCCACCUGGACCACCAGGUCCACCUGCAGGUCUUCCCAGUUUGCCCCGUGGCAUGCUCCGUCCGCCAGGCCCGCCGCCCGGCGCGCCGCCCCGCCUGCUGCGUCCGCUGGUGCCGCCGCCGCCUCCCAAGCCACAUCCACAGCUGUCUGUAUUGUCUGCCGCUCCACAACUGAUCACGAAGAAGGAUGCUCAGCAAGGAGCAACAAUCAGUGCCAAACCCCAGAUAAGGAAUUUGUCAGCUGACGUUACAAGAUUCGUGCCAUCAGCUUUACGAGUCAAAAGAGAAGACAAAAAGGUUAAGCCUGGACUCAAAUCUGGAACCAUUCAACGGCAGGCGGACAUGCCCAAACAACUGCCGAGCAAGGACGAUGCUUAUAUGCAGUUUAUGAAAGAAAUGGAAGGACUAUUGUAG